CCGCCUAAUAGUGAGUGAGUGAGCCCUGGUUUUGGCCCUGAUCUGAGCUGUGUGUGGUGUGGUGCGGUGCACUGACUGGUAGGGAUUUGGCAGGCGACCAUUUUUCUUGACUACUCCUCCCACUUCUCCCAGCCCUUUCAAACAAUCGACCGACCAUCCAUCUACAACCCAUCUCACCCCCAGCAAAUCAGUCAAGAUGGCCCCUGCUACCGGAGCUAAGAAGCAGAAGAAGAAGUGGUCGAAGGGAAAGGUCAAGGACAAGGCGCAGCACGCCGUCAUCCUCGACAAGGCCACCUCCGACAAGCUGUACAAGGACGUCCAGUCCUACCGCCUGGUCACCGUUGCCACCCUCGUCGACAGGCUCAAGGUCAACGGCUCCCUCGCCCGCCAAUGCCUCAAGGACCUUGAGGAGAAGGGACAGAUCAAGCCCAUCGUCACGCACAGCAAGAUGAAGAUCUACACCCGUGCCGUCGGUGCCUCCGAGUAAACUUCUCAACACGACCAAGCUCUUGUAGAGUCCCCCUUUUCCAUGGCAGCGCAGCGGAGGCCCUGGUCCUCCAGGGCGCCGCGGGCGAUGUCCCUCCACGCAUGACAACGUAUGAUGGCGUCUUUUCGAAGGGCAUGGGGAACACAAUCAAAGCAGGAACGUCAAAUCAUGGCAGGCUGGGAGUUAUUUUCGGGUCUUUCGGUUUGACAAAGUUUGGGCCGGCUGCUGGGAAGGAAAGAUGAUGCAGCGGGCGCCGAGGUCUCCCUCUCGCCUGUUUCUGCCCGGUCCGGAGGAUACCCUACACUUUUUUGCUAGGUGUAGCAUGCAACGGGUUGGAAGUGCUCUGAACCCUAAAAACAAGCAAUGGAUCAACAUUGAAGCACACUGGUGAUCGCCCGAUGCUUGAGCCGUGAAUGGGAAAUGUGUUCACUGUUGCUGUAGCGUGCUGCUCAACGUGCUGAAGACACGGGCUCUUCGGUCAUGGCCUGGGCUCCGUUACCCACCAAUGCCGUGUCAUCCCAGACGGCCAGCCUCCUCCAUAUAGAACCAUGGCCGUGGUCAGCUUCCUCAAGCGUCUUGUUUGUGCUGCCCGAUCGACGACAG